AUGGGUGCAGGUGAUUUGAAUAUGAAAAAGUCGUGGCACCCGCUCCUACGGGCCAACCAGGAGCGGGUGUGGCAGCAGGAGCAGGAGGCGCAGGAGGAGCGGAAGAAACUCGAUGAGCUUCGCAAGGAGCGCGAACAUGAGCGCCAAAUGCAAGAGCUUCAGCGCAUCCACGAGGAAGCCGGCGGAAAGAAGCGUGUAGAGCGCGUGGAAUGGAUGUACGCAACGCCGGCAGCGAAUAGCGGGCCAUCAGAGAGUGAAUUAGAAGACUACCUUUUGGGGAGGAAACGCGUGGACAAGCUAUUGCAAGGCACCGAGCGUGAGGUUUUACACGCUGGAGCACAGCCCGGCGUGCACGACGGCCUUGACUCCAAUUCGCAGCGCGAUAUUGCGGCAAAGAUUCGCGAAGAUCCACUGUUUGCUAUAAAGCGGCAGGAGCAGGCCGUGUAUGCGUCGCUCAUGCAGAACCCAGGUAGACUGCGCGAAAUGCGCGCACGGCUGGGGAUGCGCGAAGAGACGCCACGACGCUACGAGUCUAGCAGCAGACACCAAGACGAGCGGCAUCGUGCGCACAGGCCGCGACGCGACGAGCAUCGCGAAGAGCGGCGAUCGCGACACGAUCGAUCGCACCACGACGAGCGACAUGCGCGCGCCGACCGACACAGACACGAUCGGCACAAGCACAGCGAAAGGGAUCGGCACGCGAGCCGCCACCGCUCGCGCUCGCGCUCGCCCCGCCGUGAUCGCGCUCCCCAAGAUGAAACCACGCGCGCGGCAAAACUUGCAGCAAUGAUGCAAGACGCAAAGACUAUGGACAAGGAGCGCAAUGCGCGGGUGGAAAAGGUACAAGCAGAAGAAGCGAAAGAGCGCUUGCACGAAGACGAUCAGCGCGAAGCUACACAUGAUCCACGCAAGUGGAAACAAGGUGGUGGCACGGGCCACGCAGCCUUUCUCCUGGACCAGCAGCGCAAUUUGUGGGGCGAACAGAGCGGCGGCAUGGACUUGCACGAGCGCUUGCGCAGGUCUCGUCAUGGGCUGCAGCGAGUCGAAGCAGAGUAG